AUGUUCUCGUAUGUCCACAAAGAGACCGCCAACGAGGUAUGCGGCGGCGAUGAGCUUCAAAUCAUGUCUAAAGACGACUCAAUGGUGCGUGCGGAAAUUAUUGAAGAGGCGAACACGUUAGAAUGGGAUGACCUCCGUGGUGCAAAGGCUUUGGGCUUUAAGCUGGUAGAAUAUGCGAGUUGGGAGAGGUUGGAGCCAGGACGCUAUGCGUUGCAGGCUGAAGGACCAGGCAUGUAUACCGUUGGCGUCGUGUCCCUGGUAUACCUCGUCUUGUCUCCUUUUAGCAAGGUCGAGGAAUCCUUUAAUAUACAGGCAGUUCAUGAUAUAUUAAAGUACGGAAUUCCUUCAGUGAAGGAUCCUUUACCUAUCCUCCGCCAAUAUGACCAUGUCACCUUCCCCGGCUCUGUACCAAGGACCUUUGUCGGCGCUGUACUCCUGGCUGGUAUCUCGAAGCCAGUGUUAUGGCUUUUGAAUGGGAAUCCUCAAGCCAAAGGAAUCAUUCUCCGGUCAGAGAUCGCAGCUCUGCUUGCUACAACUACAGUAUACCUCUGGACUCAAGGUCAAAUUGGGUUGCGCCGAGAAAUAAUUCCAGCGGGCAUCAGCGGUGUGUUAAUCGGCCUAGCUAUUACCGUAUCAGUGGACUCUUUCUUCUGGCAGAAGUUUCCACUAUGGCCUGAGUUAGCAGCUUUCGGAUACAAUGUCCUUGAAGGGAACGCCUCUAACUGGGGCGUAGACCCGUGGCACUAUUACUUCACGAGUGCCUUGCCUCGCCUUUUCCUGAACCCAUUGGCCUACCUCAUCUGCAUCCCCUUCGCAUGUUUGCUUCACCCAUUACGCAAAGCAGCCUGUUCUAUCACCAUUCCGCUCAUCGCCUUUGUCGCCAUUAUGAGCGUUCAGCCACACAAGGAAUGGCGUUUUAUCAUCUACACAAUACCCCCAUUAACUGCAGUUGCUGCCAUCGGAGCCUCAUACAUUUGGACCCGCAGAGCCAAAUCUAUUGCAUAUCGCCUUCUUUCCAUCUCCCUUGUCCUCUCAACCUUAGCUUCCUUUGCAAUGUCAUUCUUCAUCCUGCUGCCAAUUUCUAUGUCUAACUACCCUGGCGGAGUAGCCAUGAAGUUAGUUCAUAACUACGCCCACGGCUCUCAAGCAGUCAUUUCCGUCCAUAUGGACACAUUGACCUGUCAGACUGGCGCAACCCAUUUCUUAGAAAUGCCACCGCCUAAAUCACCAUUUGUUCAUCUCCCUGGUUCCCCGGACGGGAGUUUUCCCGAGCUUAAAAGCGGAGAGUCGAGAUGGAUUUAUGAUAAGACGGAAAGUGAGCUUGAGAAGCAAAAGCCAGAAUUUUGGGAUAAGAUUGAUUAUGCCUUGGUUGAAGAUGAAUCCAUUCUCCGUGGAAUGGGCAACUGGGAGCUUAUUGACAAUGCUUAUGGAUAUAGUGGAAUCCACAUUGUUCGACCAGAUGCGAAUGCAUGUUAUGCAUGUGGCGCUGAAGUUAGGAUUCUACAAGCACUCUUCGGGGAUACUGGCGUGAAGGCCUGGGAAUUUAUAAAAGCAAAUGCAAGAAAGCACGUUACGCGUGGCUGGUGGGUGGAAGCCAGGUUAGCGCCUAAAAUUAGGAUUAUGAAGCGCUUGCAUUGA